AUUUAGAACCCACCCCUGAAUCACUUCCCUGUCUCAAAGAGGACCAGCUAGGACUAUACAGGAUUAUAUACUAUGUCAUUUCCCCAUUCCUUUAUCUAUAGCUAAGACUUUGUGGGCUUGCUUGGAUCACAUAGUUCCAAAUGCAGAAUGUGAUACCAACUGUACAAAUCAGCUGAAAUUGAGAAAAACUCGAUUUUUUAAAAGGCUUCUGUAUUUCUGGAAGUUGCAGGUUGAAAAUGCAGGAAGAGAGAAGAAAUUCCAAGAAUCCCUGCUUAAAGUUGGCAAAAUACGAAGGGGAAUAGUGUAGAUGAAGCCAUUACUUGUCAUCUGUCCACAUAAUCCAGGAUUUUUCACAUUACAGGUAGUCCCUGACUUACAACCAUACUUGAGGCUAAAUUUUCUGUUGCUAAGCAAGAUUUGUUAAGUGAUUUUUGUCCCAUUUUAUGAUCUUCCUUGCCACAGUGAAUCACAGCAAUUGUUAAAUGAGUAACACUAAUUUAUAAAUUAAAUCAAACUAAUAAUAAUAAUAAACACGAAUGUUAAAUGCAUGUUGUUUCUUCAUUGAUUUUGCUGGUCAGAAAGUCCCUGGGACACUGCAACUGUCAUAUAUACAUGCCAGUUGUUAAGCGUCUGCAUUUGGAUCAUGUGACCAUGGGGAUGCUGCAACAGUUGUAAGUGUGAAAAAUGGUCAUAAGUCACUUUUUUCAGUGCCAAUAUAACUUUGAAUGGUCACUAAACAAAUGGUUAUAAGUCAAAGACUAUCUACUUCACUAGUGUGAAAAAGAUGCUUAGAUAUAAAUACUGCAGUUCCUUCCAGUGAUAUGAGCUAACAUGUGACCUUUUUAAAGCAAUCCGGAAUUGAAUUUUGCAGUCUGUUUUGGCCUAUUUAUUUCUAACUUGCGAGUAGUUGGGUGGAGAGGCUUUUUUUUAAUGUCAAACAUACCCCCUGCUACAAUUGAAAUGGCGAUUGAGACACUGCAAAAGUCUGAUGGUCUGUCCACUCACAGAAGCUCUCUUCUCAACAGCCAUCUUCAAUGGCUUUUAGACAACUAUGAAACAGCAGAAGGAGUGAGCCUUCCCAGAAGCACUCUCUACAACCAUUACCUGAGACACUGUCAGGAGCAUAAAUUGGACCCUGUCAAUGCUGCUUCUUUUGGAAAACUCAUACGGUCAAUUUUCAUGGGCCUACGGACCAGAAGAUUGGGAACCAGGGGGAAUUCCAAAUAUCAUUACUAUGGGAUUCGUGUCAAGCCAGACUCUCCUCUUAAUCGACUACAAGAGGACAUGCAAUAUAUGGCUAUGAGACAACAACCCAUGCAGCAGAAACAAAGGUACAAACCUAUGCAGAAAGUGGAUGGAGUCUCAGAUGGUUUUACAACAAGUGGUCAGCAAACAGGCACAUCUGUUGAACAAACUGUGAUUGCUCAAAGUCAGCAUCAUCAACAAUUUUUAGAUGCAUCUCGAGCACUUCCAGAUUUUGGAGAAGUUGAAAUCCCUUCGCUGCCAGAUGGUACUACUUUUGAGGAUAUUAAGUCUUUACAGAGUCUCUAUCGAGAACACUGUGAGGCAAUAUUGGAUGUUGUAGUGAACCUUCAGUUUAGCCUAAUAGAAAAAUUGUGGCAGACUUUUUGGCGCUAUUCUCCCUCAACCACAACUGAUGGCACUACUAUCACUGAGCCAAGCAAUCUGAGUGAAAUAGAAAGUCGACUUCCGAAAGCAAAGCUGAUAACUCUGUGCAAAAAUGAGUCAAUUCUGAAAUGGAUGUGUAACUGUGACCAUGUGAUGUACCAGGCUUUGGUGGAGAUUCUCAUUCCUGACGUCCUUAGACCUAUUCCUAGUGCCUUGACCCAAGCCAUUCGCAAUUUUGCAAAAAGCCUUGAAGGUUGGCUUUCCAAUGCCAUGAACAAUAUUCCCCAGAGAAUGAUUCAAACCAAGGUUGCCGCUGUAAGUGCCUUUGCUCAGACUCUGCGAAGAUACACAUCUCUUAAUCAUCUGGCUCAGGCAGCCCGAGCUGUCUUGCAAAACACUUCUCAGAUUAACCAGAUGCUCAAUGACCUCAACCGUGUUGAUUUUGCCAAUGUCCAGGAGCAGGCUUCCUGGGUGUGCCAGUGUGAUGACAACAUGGUACAACGGUUAGAAACAGAUUUCAAGAUGACUCUUCAGCAGCAGAGCACUCUGGAGCAGUGGGCUGCCUGGCUUGAUAAUGUAAUGAUGCAAGCACUGAAACCAUAUGAAGGAAGACCUAGUUUUCCUAAAGCAGCACGCCAAUUUCUGUUAAAGUGGUCUUUCUACAGCUCAAUGGUGAUUCGAGAUUUAACUCUGCGCAGUGCUGCUAGCUUUGGUUCUUUUCAUCUGAUCCGUCUGUUAUAUGAUGAAUAUAUGUUUUACUUAGUUGAACAUCGGGUUGCUCAAGCCACAGGAGAGACACCUAUUGCAGUCAUGGGAGAGUUUGGUGAUUUAAAUGCUGCAUCUCCUGGAAACAUGGACAAAGAUUGCAGGAUUCAUGGUGAUUUUAUUUGUGCAGAUGAAGGCAGUGAAGUUGAAAGUGAAAUAGAUGAAGAGCUGGAUGACUCUGGAGAGCCACAAGCCAAGCGAGAGAAGACUGAAAUUAGCCAGGCCUUUCAGGUGGGCUGCCUGCAGCCGGUACUCGAGACUGGAGUACAGCAGAACCUUUUGAACCCUCUUCACAAUGAGCACAUUGUCACAGCUACUCAAACGAUCAGACAGUGUAGUGCGACUGGAAAUACAUAUACUGCGGUCUAACAAAUAUUUAAAGUUCUUUUUUCAGAUUGUAUUAGCCCUCUUGAUGUUGGGCAUAUCAUAGGGGACGGAAGGGAUGCAAAAAAAAAAAAAGAUUUCUGAAAGUCGACUAUUGUCAAAUUUUAUCUGUACUUUUGCUGGAGUUGUGAAAUGGAAUGGGUCUAUGUAUUUGGUCAGAUUUGGGGGGGGGAAGGUAAAUACAAUCAUUUUACACUGGCCGCUUAAUAUAAAAAAUUUUCUUAGUUUCAAAAGUCAAGAAGCAUUUUUGCGAAGAUUAAUGUUAAUGUUUUUUGUCCUCUUUAUAAUUAAAAGUAAUUUAAUUUUUUCAUAGUUUUUACAAAAUAUUUUAAUGUUAACUGUUAGUCAUGGUGAUUUCGUAUAAAUAGGGUUUUUAAUUAAUUGCACUCUGAAAUAUCAAGAAUUUUCCUCUUUGAUUUACACUGGAGGCACGCUCGUUUGAUAGCAGCUGCGUUAGAAUUAUUAUUAAAAGGCAGCUUUUGUUGGAGAAAACUGGAAAAUAACUAUUUUGAUACAUUUCAGAGUGCUCAACAGAUAUAUUGGAAGAUUUAUUAUAAUUCUAGAGAACAUAGAUUGUCUUCUUUCUCAGAGGAAGAGUGGUUCUCACUGUUUGCAGGAUAAAUGAGAGCUCUGAUAGCACAUGGUAAUGUGUACUUAAUAAAGGUACAGAUGACACCAUUAUGGACAAUUCAAGCUUCCUUAAAUCAGUUUCAAAUUUUGGGAUACUAGCUCCUCUCUCAUAAGACUACUGAUUUCAGGUACAUUCUGCCCAAAAACUGACUCUGUGCAACCUCCAUUCGUUUUAAUUAGAGUUUUACAAGAUUUGAAUUAAGGCAUCUUUGAUUUCCAGUGAGAACACGAUCAUCUUUAAACGAGUGGAGGUCAUGUUACAGAAGCAUUUGCUGGGUUCUGCACCUCAUAUACAUAUGGGACCACUACCCAGAUGCUUUCUGCUCUUCAGUGGGGAGGUUGGCUACUGAAGUUUUUUUUAAAAAGCAUCUUGAUUCCUUCUUUAAGUGUACGUGCUACUUAUGCUGAACUGGACAUGCAGGAAACCAUUCCUUUCAGAUGACUUUUUAAUUCUAUGUCCUUUUCCUCAUGAUAGUUCAACCUGCUGCUCUUGUUAAAGAUAGUUUAUAGGAUGCAAGGAAUGUAGCAACCUGCAUUGUAAUUUUGCUCAGAAUAAUUCCUGGUUCUUAAGUGGAUUUCAUUUUAUAUAAAAUGUUUUAAAGGCAGUGAAACUGGCACAUGUCACUUGUACUUAUUUCCCAAUUGCGUAGAAUUUGAAUAGGUGGCUAGAUGGACCAUUGCCAUUUAAGAAUGUACAUCAGGGAUCAUUGUACCUCGGCUAUUACAUGGUGCCUUAAACAGAACUGAAGCUAAGAUUUUCUUGUUAAUAACUCUUACAUUGAUUCAACAAAGUGUGCCUGUCUUCUUUCUUUCUUCUUUCUUCCCCUCUUUCCUUCAGAUUCCCUAAACAGUAAGGGCAGGUUACAUACUUCAGAUAUCAAGAUUUUUUUUUUAAAGAAAAUUAGAUAUACUAUCCCUCUUAGAGUGACAGCCUUUUUCUUUCUUAUUUAUAGCUGAACUUCACUUUAUUACUAAUCAGAUUUUCUGGGGUGGGGUGGGAUUGGGGGAAAACGGUGGAAAACAAACUAGCUUUAACAGUGUCAAAGGUCAACAGAAUAGAUUAGCUAAUUCCCAGACAAGAAUUUAUAUACUUAUAUAUAAAUAUAUAUGCAUAUAUAUAUAUUUCUAAACCCUUAUCUACUUUUAAUUUCAAAAAGUAACGUAAGCAACGUUUUUAAAAAAGCAGCGUAUAGUUUCAAUAGUGCAUAUGGUGAUGGGGGGGUCAGUCUGCUAUUUUAUUUAAUGGUUCAUUCAUAGUAUAUGUUGUUUCCCUUUUAUUCUCAUGAAGCUGUUCUAGUUAGAAUGCAUUACACAUUUUAUUGGUUUAAAAGACAUGUGAAUUUCCUUAGUUUGACCAAAACAAACCAAAAAUGAAGGAAAGCACAAAGAAGAUUUACAGGUUUUAUAGCAAGACCUAUAUAAAAUAUUAGCGUCUUGUUUAUUGUUUGUUUGAAAGACAAUUUUCAAGAUUAUCACCAAAUGCUUCAACAGCAGGUGGAAUUUUUGGUAUAUUUUUAGUACACAGGUUGCAUCCUUGAUUUUACAGAUAUCAAGAAUACCUAAAGAUUUACUAAUUUUUUUUAUUUGACUAUUUCUACUUCAAAACUAAGCUUUAAGAAUUGCUUAGAAUUGCAAAAUUGGGCCGAACUAGGUAUUGUGCCUAGUAAUUCCUGCCAUUUGGUUAAACAUGCUGAUAUAUUUCAUUAUAAUUUUGUUCUUUCUGCUAUUGGAAUAUGUUCUUAUUUUUUCCCAUUAAAUCCAUCACACCUACACCCCUCACCAAUUUUUUAAAAACUAAGCUGUGAUAGUUCCUCCCUCUCAUUGUGCAUUAUGAAAUGUUUACACUUAAAUACAGUAAAAUUAAAUGUAGAAACAAAGAAACACUUUUCAGCAUCUUUUUUUGAGAGUCUAUUAAAGUUCUAUGUUAAAUAUGAUUUAUUUACUGGUACUAUCCUUCCUGGAUGACAAACUUGUGUUUCUGUAUUACUGUCUUCUUUUGUCCUGAAUACUGGAUUUUGUUCAUGCAGAAAAAUGAAAAUGAUGCAAAUUUACUUUUCUGAGAGAGACAGGGCUGUAAAUUUUUAUGAUACAUUUUCCAGACCACUCCCCUUCCAGUUGAUCACUGUAUUCAAUGUGCCAAAAAGAUUGAUAUUUAUUGUUAUCUAACAUCAUAUCCUGGAAUUCUGGUCUGUUGUGGACCAUACAAAUAAUGAAAUUUCACAACCUGUCAGUGUCCAGAAUAUAUUCCAAAAUGCUCCAAUAAGUCAUCAACACAGAUAACAAAAAGCAUUAGAAGAGCUUCUAUUAAUCAUGAAUCAGAAUAAUCAUUGUUCAUGUGCAUCUUUGUCCCUGAAUAAUUUUUUUAUAUUUUUAUGUCUAGUAGGAAUUAUAAAUCAAAUGGCCAACUGACUUGCAUUAUCUUCAGAAGCUCUUCAGUAUAAACCGGCUCACUUUAGAUAGCAUUCUGACACUGUACUACUUGUGCCUAUAUGUUAUAUACAUUUUUCAAAAUGAAAUGUAUGAGGGCUGGGAUUCAGAUAAUCCCACGCAAAUGCCCUAGUGUUCUGUGCAAAUACCAGGGCUUCCCCAAAUUUCUCUUCUAGUUGCAGCUUCUUUGUACUUGAUAUGCCAUGCCAUACAUUUUUCACUGAAGGUUCCAUAAAUGGUUUCACAUUAUGCCAUGAAUCCAGUAUGAUCGUAAUAAUCAAGGAGUAUGUACUCAUCAAAAAAAAUAUAUAUUGAGGAAUAGCUUAAUUGAAGCACUUUGGGGAACAUUGCAAGAAAAUGAACUAAUAACAUUUGAGAACAAUUUGUCUAAAAAAGUUUUAAAUACUAUUUUUUUUAAUUAAUUAAGACUUUUUGGCUCUUGAACAAGUAAUGCAGUGAUCAAUACUGAUGAUUCUAUUGAAAAUUCGUAUUCAGAAACGGGGCCCAGUUUUCAUAAUCUCUUCAGGAAUGCAAAAUCUUUGGUGCUGUCACCUUAAUCUGUUUUUGUCCUGUCCUGCAUUUUUUUUCUUUGUGCUUAUUUUUUGUAUUAUAACAUGUAAUUAUAACACUACUUUAGAAAUCAUUUAUCCAUUAAAAAAAAUUCUACAGUACUGCUGUGCAAUGUUACCAUAUUUGGUUCACAAUGGAUGAUAGCAAUUGAAAUAGUACUGAGGAUGUGUAGGUCUACAUAUAAUUUCUUUAAUUUAAAAACGAGGUAUUCACAAACGUUAGAAACACUUUUUUCAAAUGAUUUCUCAGCAAAAUAUUAAAUCAUUUCAUAGAUUUGACAGGCCAAAUAACACUAUGUAACACUUUGAGAACACUUAAUGCUGAUUUGUGAAAGCAGUACCAGUUUCUGAAAACUGGGCCCUCAUUCCUGCAUUACAGGUCAGUCUCUGUGUAUAUGGUUUAAAGGAAAAGGAAUUCUAGUAUUGUUGCUAGGUUAUUUGUUUAGUGACUAAAAAAAACUGGAACAGAAGCAUAAAUUCAGUGCUUAGUUCUAGUAUUAGAGCAUUCUUUUGAUGAUAAUGCCUUGAAUUAACCCUUUGAGCAUUGUAAGUAAAUAUAAUUGAUGUGAAUCUCUAAGAGUCUUGAGAUCAUAUGAGCGCACAAUGCCCACUCCCCAGAACAGUAUAUAUAUAUAUCUGAUUUUCAAAAAACCCCAAGGAUUUGUACUUCACCCAGAGACCACUGACUACCUCCCCUUCCAUAAAAUAACAUAAUUUUUUUCCCUGUAUAAUCUGAAUGUAAAUGUGAACCAUCCUAGGCAUUAUCUAUUAAGGAUUCCUGUGUUUUGAUUUUCUUGCAAACACUCAACAUUAAACACUUUGAGGUAGGCAUCUGAGUUUAAUUUAUUCACUGCCGUUUUACCAGGAGUAGGGAACAAAUGAUUGUUCACAGGUAGCUGAACCAUAAUAUCUGACAUCCCUCACCAUUGGCCUGGAUGACCAAUGCGUGGGAGCUGUUGUGCAGCAACAUCUGGGAGCCCAAAGGAUUCCUUUCCCUAAUAUGUACUGCCUACAGAAGCAAGUAUUUCUAUCGUUAUAGGUUUUUUGAUCGAAGAUGUUGGCUUUGGAAACAUUUCACAAUUAAAUGUUUGUUUAAAAAAUUAUUUCCAGGUAGUUGAGAAAUCAUUAGUUAGUGUCAAAAGAUGUAAAUAUAACCUGUAUGUCAAAGACUUGAACUUUGGAGUUAAUACAUUGUUAUCUAUUACCAUCCAUUGGAUGUUGCCAAGGACUGCAGUCUAAAGGAUGUGUAUGUAUCCAUAGUCACAAAAUUGUCUGGACUUGGAAGUGUAUUGAAUACGCUAUUGCAAAACUCUUUGCAACUGAAAGGCAAGUUGUAUCUUGCCUUUCAAAUGGCACGAGAACCUCUAGUGAGGUUCUCGUGCUAUUUGUGUGUACGCAGACAGGCUUACCACUACACAUGCAACUAUGUAGAAUCGUACUUUUAUUUUAGCACAUUAUACCACUUCCAAGUUUAUUAUUGAACAUAGACAAGGGUAUUUUUAUGGAAUUCCAGAUUUAAGACAGUGUUUGGGUUAAAAUAAGCCACAAGUGAUAUAGCAGUGGAUUUUUAAAACAUAUAAGAAUUAGGCCUACAUCAAACCAUUUUCUAGAUCAGAUUUGGAGCCAACCAAGACAGACAUUGCCUACAAGUUAUGUAUGCUACCCCAAAUCAGGCUGAACAAAACUUCUGGUUUUGCUGCCUGUCCAGGAUUACUGCAGUUGUGUAAAUUGACAAGUUGCAGCUCCUAGCUCACAGCUGUGCAUUUCAUUUGGUGAGUCUCAAGUUGUGUAAGUUUAGAAUGCAGAUGCUAUAGUGCAGCAUUCAAGUGCAUUGAUCCCAAGCAGUUAUCAGUAAAUAAUCCAUGCUCCCGCUAUGUUUAUUUUAAAGACACUGGACAUUAGUUCAAUGCAAAGACAAAAAAAUAAAAAAAGCCAGCCUUUCUUUUGUUUCAAGCUCUUCAAAUUAAUGUACAAUGAAACAUAAAUGCAAUACUCAAAGGGUUUAUGAAUUUAUUCCUAAUGAUUUUCUGUAAAUGCUUCUCAGUUUGCAUGCAUUGAUCAUUGCUGCUAGUGAUUCUGUGUGCCAGUAGAACUAAGUUUACGUUUUACUAAACUAUUUUACUAAAUAGUUAGAAGCCACUUUCAAAGUGACUACCUAGGGUCUUUUGGCAGAAAUAACAUACCUUGUUUUUAAAGAAUUUUUGUCUACAAUUUUAUUUGCUUUUUUAGCUUUCUUUUUCUUUUGUUUACUAAAUUACGUUGAGAUUAGAAGCCCUGAGUAAUAAUUGGUAAGGAUGGCUCAUUUAAAUUAAUAAUUUAUCAUAAAACACACCAAUAUACAUGGUUGAUUACAAACCUUGCAUACCCCCGUAGCCUCUUUCAACUUGUUUAAGAACUGCUGCUGAGCAGCUUUCUAUUUUAAAAAAUUAUAUCUGGAGAAAAUUAUUACAAAUUACACAAGAGUACUUUUAGGGUGCUCACUGUAGCUUUUUGAAGUCGAGGAAAUGAAUCUGUUGUAAUCAUAAUAGGAUCUGGAUGUGGUAACUGUGUGAUUUGCUGUUCAAUUGACAGACCAGCAUGACUUGCAGGAAUAAACUCUGUAUCAAAUGUUAAGUUUGCCUGAUUAAUCCACAGACCCCAAUUGGACUUCAUCUUUGCAUAAUUAGUGAAUCCCCCUUUAUGAUCAGGUUACCAAAAAAAAAAAAAAAAGGCAUCUAUGUAGGUACUAUUUAAAUAGCAAAUCCUCAAAUUUUUUACCAUAAAAAUGCCCCUGCAUAGUCUAUAAUAGAGUAUUAUUAAUAAUAAUAAUAAUAAUAAAGCACAGAGAAAUUGUUCUAGACCUUUAAAUCAGGAAACUGAAAUGCAGGUUUAAUUUCGACUUUAUAGGAAAGAGUAUAUUUACUGGAAGUGAAAGUUGCCUGUUUACAAAACUCCAGGUAGCUUGAGAAUUUUAUAUUUAGAUCUAGAUUGGAGUACACAUCUGAAAUUCAAACAACAGUAUACAAAAUAUUUUCAACUUUGAAUAUGAAAAACAAAUUAAUGAAAGCAGGCUUCUCCCUUAAACCUUAAAAAGUAUAGAUUCUCCAUUAGAAAUCUGAUUUUUUUUUUUUUGGAAAAUUAACUAGUGAGGGUAUAAAACUAAAAAAAAAAAAACUUUUGUGUGCCUUUGUAAAAACCUGGGAAGUUUGUGCCUAUUUAAUUGGUUAAUUUUAGUUCUUACCAAUCAAUAACCUUACUAUCACUCAGGGCUCUCUUAUUUUAAUAGUUCUUUUUUUGUGUUUCUUUUAUAUUUACUUUUCUUCUUUUUUUCCCCUGGGUGGAUUAAUUACCAUCAUUUAUUUUGUUAAGUGGAAGAUUAUCCUUUUCAGUCCCACAAGCACAGAAAUGCAGGAAACACUAGUAGAACUUAUUGGAUCUUUUUAUUUUUAAAUUGACUGGAUAUAUAAUGUAAAUGAGGUAAGCAACUUUUUUGUAGAUUGUAUGUGUGAGAUAAUGUAAUGUUCUUUUCCAGUUUUUGGAUUACAGUUGAAUAUACUUUUUAAUUAUUUAAAGAAAACAUCUUUACAGAAUAACGUGAUGGGUUUUGUAUAAUGUAUUGAUUCUGUAAAUACGUAUUUCCUGAUGUGAUUUUUGUGAAAAUGCUAAAUCUUUUAGUAUAUCAUGUCCUCUCAAAAUUGGCAAGAGCUAAAUAAUAGUUUGUGGGCAAUUUGUAUUGUGUACUGUACAAUAACUGGGGAACUUUUAUAAUUAUAAAAAUAUAUAUUAACUUUUAGUGUGUUGUUUAAACAAAUGACUGGAACAUACUAAAGAUAGUAGGAUUUUUCUGAAUAUUUCAGACUUGAACUCAGGCUAGCUUUCUUGUGUUUUUCAAAACAAAAUUGUGUCUUGUCUUUUAAAAUCAAUAAAUUUGUUUUCUUGUUACAAAAA